AUGAAAAACUAUCCACAAGACAUCGUCAUUGAAUGGACCUGCCAAAUCCAAGUGGCUCUCAAUGAUCAAGACCAGUCUCGACCUUACAACAUGUUCACACCGAUUGAUGAAUUCGAAUUCUGGAAAUACCGAUAUGAGAACUUGUGGUGUAUCAAAGCCCAAAUGGAGAGCGAGGACUUGAUCGCAAUCACUAACAUCUUGAAGGCCAACCAAUCUGCUCACAUUGAGAGAUUCCAACAAGUUGUGAGCAACAUCGAGCAAGCGUUGACUGAAGCCAAGAGCAACGUGGAAUACCUUCAGAUUCUUGAAGAGCCGUGUAAGGAGCUCGAGCUGGUCGAAACUCCAACCAAAGCUGUAGAACUAAUCCCGAAGAUACUCUUUCUGAUCAGGGUGGUUCAUAACCUUUCUCCCUACUAUGGUUCUGACAAAAAGAUGGUGGCACUCUGCAUGGGUCUUAGCAAUCAGCUGAUAGCUCUGUGUACAAAAUACGUGGACAUGAAUGUUGUGUUCAGUGGCCGGUCUCGGGCAGCCAUUGCUAUGUUCAGGACUUGCAUCACAGCUUGUCAGGUCUACAAGAUGAUUUAUCACAGGGCGAGCACUUGUAUGGAGAACACCGGAGGUUCAAAAACCAGUGAACAGAUAAAAGAUAAUCCACAAGUUUUCAACAAAGUGGAUACUUUUGUGCAGAGGUGUCAAGACAUGGUUGAGGUGUGUGAAGCUAUGGCAGUGUUUGGAAGGAUGGAUGAAACCAUUGAGAUUCCCAAACCAUCGUUUGCUUUGACUCGAGGUGCUGAGUUUGAAGCAGUUUGCGACGCUAUUGAAUCAAAGUUCAAAUCCAGUUUGCAGAAAAUAGAGAAUGACCAAGACUCUAUUUUUGACGUAAACUCGUCAAAUUGGUAUGAGAGUAUCUUGCAGUAA